AUGUCCGAUGAUAAAUAUCAUCAUGAUAAACAUCAUGAUAAGCAUCAUAUAGAUUCAAAGCAAAGUACAGCAGCAGCAUUAUCAUCAUCAUCGACAUUAGCUUCAUCCUCCUCCAUGACAACAACAACAACAACAACGUCAACAACAACAACGGCAGCAUCUCCAAUAACACCAAAACCAAGAAAAAAUUACCCAAAUUCAGCAGAUCAAUAUGAACUUAAGGAAACCAUUGGUAAAGGUGGAAGCGGAUUAGUACAACGUGCAAUAUGUUUACCAUUUCAAGAGAAUGUAGCUAUAAAGAUUAUAGAUUUAGAGCAUUGUAAAAACGUAUCAUUAGAAGAGAUUAGAAAGGAAAUACAGGCAAUGAGUCUUUGUCAUCAUCCAAAUGUAGUUGCAUACCACACAAGUUUUGUAUAUAACGAGUCACUAUGGGUAAUUAUGGAUUUUUUAUCAGCUGGCUCAUGCUCUGAUAUCAUGAGAUUUUCAUUCCCUCAAGGUUUUGAAGAACAUGUUAUCGCCACUAUCCUCAAAGAAGCUUUGAAAGCAAUUUGCUAUUUUCAUAAAACUGGCAGAAUUCAUAGAGAUAUUAAAUCUGGUAAUAUUUUAAUCGAUUCAAAUGGUAACAUUCAAUUAAGUGAUUUUGGUGUUAGUGCAACAUUAAUUGAUACUGGUGAAACAAGUAGAAAUACUUUUGUUGGUACACCUUGUUGGAUGGCACCUGAAAUUAUGGAACAAGUUAAUUAUGAUUAUGCAGUUGAUAUUUGGUCAUUUGGUAUUACAGCAUUAGAACUUGCAAGAGGUAAGGCACCUUUUGCAGAAUAUCCACCAAUGAAAGUUUUAUUAUUGACACUUCAAAACCCACCACCAUCAUUGGAGGGGGAUGGCGAAAGUAAAUGGUCUCAUAGUUUUAAAGAUUUAGUUGAAAAAUGUCUUCAAAAGGAUCCAUCUAAAAGACCAUUACCUUCAAAACUUUUAGAACAUAGAUUCUUUAAGCAAGCAAAGAAACCAGAUUAUUUAGUUCAACAUAUUUUGGCAAAAUUACCACCAUUAGGUCAAAGAUAUCAAAUGUUAUCCGAAGAUUCAUUUGCUAUGCUUAGAAAUACUUCUUCACCACAAUUUGAUACUGGUCAUAGUAAUUCAGCUGAUGAAUGGAUAUUUCCAAAUGAAAAUAAUGAUAAUAAUAAUUCAUCAACUACAACUACAACAACUACAACUACAACUACAAAUCCAUCAAAUAAUAAUAAUAAUAAUAAUAAUAAAACUAAAGAAAAUUUAACUCAAUCACCAUUUGAAACGCCAUCACACACACCAUCAACAUCACCAGGUUCAACACCAAGUCAUAGUAGAACAUCUACACCAACAAGUAAUCAUACAGCACUUGGAUCAUCAUCGACUGUCGUUCCUCCACCAGUUGUACCAUUAACCUUACCAACAGCUAUUCCAGUUACUGCAGCUGCUUAUCACCAACAACAACAACAUCAUCAUUUAUCCCAUUCAUCUGGAAGUAUACCGAACCAUAACGCCAGUAGUAAUUUGGGUGCAAGCGCACAUAGUAAUGUUCAUGGUUUAGCACAUAGUUCAAUUCACCCAACAUCUUCAGCAGCAUCAACAACUGUUGUAAAUAACACUCAACAACCUCAAACCUUACAACCACCACAACAACAACAUCAACUACAACAACCAAUUAAAACUCCAAGUCCGAUCAACGCUAUAAAUAUUGUUAAAUUAAAUCAAUCUGAUUUAAUAACUCCACCAAAAACCUCACCAAAGAAAGAAGGUAGUAUACCAUCCUCUUCAUCUCAUGGUAAUAUUCCAUCAUUGGUUACAACCUCACCAAAAUCACCAUUACAACAUCAACAACAAAUACCACAACAACAACAAGAUCCAGCUAUGAUAAAUAGUAAUAAUAGUAGUAUUAGUAGUAAUGGCGCAUACAAUAGAGAAUUAAUAUCUGCAUCGGGUAGUGCUCUAUCAAAACCCCCAUCUCCAUCUUCCGAUAAAGAAAAUAACUCUACCAGUAAAUCAAAUAAAUCAAAAUCUAGACAAUCAUCAAGAGCCUCCUCUUUAUCAGAGAGUUCAGAUUCAACCUCUCAUACUUCGAGCUCUGAUGAACACUCUAGUAGAUAUGAAAGUGAUAGAAAAUCUUAUAAAAAGAAAAAGAGCAGUAGCAGUAGUAGCAAUAGUAAAAGAGAUCGUGAACGUGAACGUGACCGUGAUCGUUCUAAUAAAACCUAUAAAAACUCUAGAAGUAGAAAUGUUAGUAGAGACAGAGAAAGAGAAAGAGAUAGACAUAAUCGUUCAAGAGACAGAGAUAGAGAAAGAGAAAGGGAAAGAGAUAGAGACAGAGAAAGAGAUAGAGACAGAAGUAGAGAUCGUUCAAGAGAUAGAAGUAGAGAUAGAGAAAGAGAUAGAAGUAGAGAUCGUUCAAGAGAUAGAGAUAGAAGUAGAGAUCGUUCAAGAGAUAGAAGUAGAGAAAGGGAUAGAGAUAGAAGUAGAGAUAGAAGCAGAGAUCGUUCAAGAAGUAGAGAUUCUGAUAGUAGGGAUAGAAGUAGAGAUCGUUCAAGAAGUCAUUCCAACAGAAGAAGAAGUAGAAGUCGUGAUAGUAGAAAUAAAUCCAGAGAUAGAUCAUCUGAUUCUGAUAGAAGUAGAGACAGAAGUAGAGAUAGAGAUUAUAAAUCUUCAAAAUAUAAAAAGAGUAGUAGAGGUACCAGUGGUAGAAAGAAUAAUAAAAUUCAAUCAAAACUCGACUCCCAAGCAACUCAUAUUUCCUAUCUUGAAGAUAAGAUAUCCACACUCACCAAUUGGCUUCAACAACAAAACCUUCUCAAUACUAGUAAUGGUCAAGUUUUAUCUCCAACCGAUCCAAAUUUGGUUUCUAAACUUCAAACUCAAUUGGAUGUUCUUCAAUCAGAAAAUUCUUAUCUAAGAAAUGAAAAUAUUAACUUGAAAACAAUUGUAAAUGGUUCAAAUUCAACAAAUAAUUCAUUAAAUCAAAGUUCUGGUAUGGCUUUUAGAAAUAGCGUUUCUUCUUUACAUCAAUUAAAUAUGAGUAAUAGUAGUAAUAAUAGUAGACCACAAACUCAAUAA